AUGGUUACAGCGUCUUCCAGCCAUCGGAGUAAGCCUCCGAGGCUUCUCAAAAGCGGCACAGCGACUAGUAAAUCCCACCGAUUCGAAGCCUUCUCCCAGCGCGUCGUUAAGCUAAAGAUCGACCCGGUCCAUCGAGUGCGCCGGACGAGUUUUGGAGAAGAUGACGCCGACGAGACUUCGUCCUGCUUCAGGGCCUCCCUGGAGCACUGGAUGGAGCUCAACCUAUCCGAGAAUUUCACAGAGUUCACCCAGCGUGUGAAUCGCCUGUGCGAAAACCUUCCACAGAUACUAUACCACCAGGAUGCGAUAAUGAACCUGUUGAUGGAAUAUAUUGAGAAGAAGGACGAAUUGAGCAUGGAGCCACUCCUCAGUCUGAUGGCCCAGUUUGCGCGGGAUUUGGGCUCACGAUUCGAGAAACACUUUGCGGCUGCUGUUCAAUUGGUCGCUGCCGUCGCGGCAACCCACCCAAGCGUCGAAGUUAUAGAAUGGAGCUUCACCUGUCUUGCCUGGAUCUUCAAGUUUCUGUCUCGUCUCCUGGUCCCGGACUUGCGGCCGUUGUUAGCGAUCAUGACGCAGUAUCUCGGAAAGGAACACCAGAAGCACUUUGUGGCACGGUUCGCAGCAGAGUCUGUCUCGUUUCUUAUCCGAAAGACAGCUACGGUAUACUACAAAGAUAAGAAACCUCUGGAGCGUGCAGUCACCUUUCUUUUCGAGGACCUAGCCAAAACAAGCGCCGAAGGCCGCCAGGUUACGUCGUAUCAGGAGGGUCUGAUGACUGUGUUCGCCGACGCAACGAAAGGCAUCAAGGGCGCAGUCCACUCCAAUGGCAUAGAUAUAUUACGGUGUCUUAUGAAGUCCGUUGAUGUGAAGGAUAAGGAUCAGAGCACCUUUUCCGAGUCGGUUCUCAGCGGUGUCCUGAUCAAUUUAGUUCACUACUGUACUGCUGAAACUUUUCGCCCUGUCCUGGACGCUGUCUGCGAUUUUAAUAAAAAAAUUACGAUAAAAGAUAAACCUGCGGUUACACGGGUUGGAUGCCACGCUUUAUUCCUGUGCAUUGUCACGAGGAAAGGCUCUCGCGUACAGGACUGGAACCGAGUCCAUUCUGUCCUUUUAAGGCUCCUCAACAAGGCUACUGAGAACAACGGCUUCCCUGAUGGUUCAGUCGAACAGCUUCUCGGAUCAGUGGCUGUCGCAAUUCAGUGUUCUCCAAUGGAUGAGCUACUACCGCACAUGCGACAAAUCAUGGAUGCUGUUACCAACCAAAAAUUAAAUCCGCACUUUAUACCAUUUUGUGAUCUAGUUGCUGGAUUAGGGUCAGAGAGGUUUCAGAGCGUUGUCCAUCCAUAUCUUCAAAAAUUUAUACUGGCUUUAUGGGAAGAAUACGAAGAAGGUCUUUGUGUGCUGCUACCCCGGCUUCAGUCCUCUGGUACUGUUACCUCGAGCUCAACAAGACCGGGAUCUUUAAGCUGCCCGAAUGCCUGGAAGAUGGCUAUUUGCGCAAAACUUAACAAACCACAUCCCAGCAAGGAGGAGGUUGUGACAUUGAACGCGUACUCGAAACUCCCUCACUCCAUUAGCUUCUCGAACGAACCUUCCAUCAUUCCAGACCUUAUUCAGAACCUCCACCAGAAAAUAUCCUCCUCACUAGACUCUGCCUCCUCGGGUGACGACCCCGAAACUAUGUUCUCCCUUGGGCAGGGGUUGUUGACAUAUGUUCGCUUUUCCACCAGCUUAGACCAGCUAGACAAGAAACUCUGGCCUUUACUCUGCUCUAAAGCCAGCCAAUAUUCCAGGAUUCCUGUCUUCCUAGAGGCGAUAUCGGCAUAUGCCUCUCUCCUUCCUGGUAGCCCUGAGAUUUCCGACGAUGACCUCGAUCAAUUUACAAAUGCCCUUCUUACUAACUUGGCUAGCCCAUCGCAUAAGCUAAGGCAGCUCUCCUUGGAAAUCUUCCAGCUGAUUUUCAAAUGGGGCAAGAUAGACGACCCAUGUUUAUCGCUUGCACUAAGCAUUGAAAGCAGCGAGCUGACCCUACAAUCUGCGAGAGUAAUUUCUAUGGACGUGCGGCGCCUUGGGGCUCACUAUGCCGAAUCGUCUCGUAAAAGAUGGCUUGAUCGGCUGAUCCCAAGCUUCUGUUUCGGUUUGCUGUCAAAGAGGCUUGCGUCUAUAUGGGAUGACGCAUGUGAAGCGUUGAAGGUAAUUUGCGAAACCGAUGUUGGAGAGGGCAUUGUUACCGAGAUUGCUAUGAAGUGGCUGCAAGAUGCUCCCUUUCAGAGUACGGCCGAAAAGCCCGCUCACGAUACCAUCCAAAAAUCCUCCUCGACCACCACCGAGUACGAAUGUUUCAACGUCAACAACAUUCAGGCGGACAUAUCCAACUCAUUCCACACGAUUCAGGAUGCCGGUUCAUCCUUACUGAAAGAUUUUGAAUACACCCACUCCCCGCUACCUAUGUCCGCAAAAAAUGCAAGAAGUCAGGCACUCAGGGUUUUGAACGCUGUUCCUAAGAUAGCGGAAAAGAGGUCACGUCUAAUAGUUCCACUCUUUCUAUCAUGGGCCUCCCACGAUGACUCUGCUUUGCCUAUCUCUGGAGAUGAAGAAUCCUCGUUAGAAGAUGAUGCUACCUCACACAAACCACGACAAGGCUGGAGUAUGCAGGACAAAAAAUCGAUGCUCACUCUCUUCGGGAAAUUUAUUAACCCUCGGGUUCUAUACCAAGCUGAACAGGCGCACGAUGCAAUAUCCGGGCUUCUUUGUAACGGUGAUCUGGAAAUACAAAAACUGGCCCUCAACGCUGUGUUUACAUGGAAACUACCAGCCCUCCGGCCAUAUGAGCAAAAUCUCCUUAACUUGGUCGACGAUUCCCGAUUCAAAGACGAGUUAGGAGUUUUCGUACACGUGGGCCAGGACAACAGUGUAAUCAAAAAUGAACACAUAGAAGGAUCGUUCCCCUACAUUUUAAAACUACUAUAUGGCAAGAUGGUUGCACGGGCCGGUUCUCGAGGAUCACUUGGUCGACAGGAGGGACGAAGGAAGGCGAUAUUGCGAGUCGUUUCUCAGCUUCCAGAUGACCAAUUUUCUGAGUUCAUCCACAUCUCCUUUGGGUCUUUGGGCAGUUUUAAUUUACUUGACAAAGAUGGCGCGAUCAAUGAAGAUGCCGUUAGUCGAGAGUUUAUGAGCCUGAGGAGACAGCUUGGUUUGUUGAACAUGGUUGAAACCAUGUUUUCAAUCCUAAAAGGGAAAAUGUUGCCGUACGUUAACCGAGCGAUGAACGUCGUACUGUAUUCUCUCAUUCGAGCAUACAGGCAAAUAACUGAGACCAACGUGAUCACAUCCGACGAUACUGUCCAGCUUACCCUUCUACGCAAUAUCCGGCAGUUAGGCGUCAAAUGUCUUGAUUUGAUUUUCUAUGUCUCUCCUGGGGUGGAGUGGAAACAGUUCAUUCCCAUUAUACUUUCAGAGGUCAUCAACCCAAGGCUAGACAAUUUCGCCGUGGAGACAGCCCAGGCCGUCUCCGGGCUGCUCCAUCUAUUCCGAACAUGGGCUAUUUCUCCAAGGUCGGCAAUGUAUUUCGAGGAUACCAAUAUUAUCCCACGAGUCGUCGACUGUUUAAGCAUAGAAUCUGCAAAAGACGAAGUAAAAGUCUUUGUAUUAGAUGAGGUCUUAAUAUCCUUGGUCAAUAUUUCCACCGAAAAGAAGAUGGACGAUGAAGGGGACGUCGAUAUGUCAGCCCCAUCGCCAGGUGUCAUACGCAGAAGGAUCCUAGGGCCUCAUAUUGAGUAUAUAUUAGUCCAAAUUGAAGACUUCCUUAGAAAGCAGCCAUCUCGCCAAAUUUUAGGGCCUGCGGUUGAGCUUCUGUCGAGGCUUUCGUCCCUCGUGGAGUCAUCUGCAGAAUCUUCGAAACUUAUUAGCACCACCACGGUCUUACUCCAGCAACCUCCGGAUCGAGUACCUCCAAAGACUAAAGGCCGUCUUCUUAAGGUCCUCCAGCAUUUCUUACCCCUCUAUCAGCGUCAAGAUGAUCUCGAACUCACACAGCGAAUAUUUGAGGUCCUUUCAUCUCUUUUCGACUACUUCAAGGAUGAACCAAACCGUGUCUCCCUAUCCAUCGUGUUUGACAUAUUCGUCAAGGAUGACCCAGAGCUGGCUGAAGUUGGAAGACUCAUUGCUGACCUAAACUCCAUAUCCACGAAGCGGCUGGACGAAGUUGAUUUCGAACGGCGGCUUAAAGCUUUUAGCAUCAUAAAUGAAGAAGAGUAUUCCACCUUCACCGUGAAGCAGUGGCGGCCUCUUUUGUUUAACAUAGUUUACCACCUGAAAGACGAAGAAGAGCUUGCCAUACGAUCGAGUGCCUCCCUCAGCAUCAAGCGGUUCAUCCAAACUACCAAGACACAGUCAGGAACUGAGGCCUCUGGAUACGAUGAACUGAUCGCAAAAGUGCUACUCCCUGCCCUACGCAGUGGUGUCAAGCAAAAUGCUGAAACAGUUCGUGCGGAAUUUGUCUCUCUCCUCGGCUAUUUGAUCCAGGAGCACGUUAACCUUCAGGUGGUCAGCGAUAUGCAUGACUUGCUAGCCGGAGGGGAUGAAGAAGCAUCAUUCUUUAAUAACAUUCUUCACAUCCAACAGCAUCGACGUCUUCGUGCAUUGCGAAGGCUUGCCACUGAAGUUGCAAAAGGCAAGAUUCAAGCCACCAACGUCAGCACGAUUUUCUUUCCUCUCAUUGAGCACUUUGUUUUCCAACAGUCAGAGGACGACAAUGCUCAUAAUUUAACUGCUGGGACAGUUACGACCAUCGGCGCCCUCAGUGAGGCCCUAACUUGGAACCAGUUCAAGGCUAUAUUUCGUCGGUACCAGGGGUAUAUGAAAAGCAAGCCAGGUUUGGAAAAGAAUGUUAUCCGACUUCUAAGUCAAAUGACGGAUGCCCUUUCGCGUGCUGUUACAAUAAAGGCCGCACGAUCCACAGCUAAGGAGACAGCUGAAGAGACGACCGAUGAGACGACUGUGGAAGAACACAAAGCUGUCCAGAGCAAUCUGAGCACAUACAUCCCCGGUGUUACGAAACUAACCACUGAGCUCAAGACAGACUUCAUUCCAUUCUUGACCGGAUUCACGAAUAAAAGGAGCGAGUCCGAGGUAACCCUACGUCUUCCCGUAGCAGUUGCCGCCGUCAAAUUACUCAAACUGCUGCCUGAAGAAGAUAUGGCACUACUCCUCCCUCCGCUGCUACUAGAUGUGUCAAAUAUUCUACGCAGUCGUUCACAGGAUACUAGAGAUGUCGCGAGAAAGACACUUGCCGAUAUUGCCAUUAUUCUUGGCCCAACGUACUUUGGAUAUAUCCUUAAGGAAUUGAAGGGUGCCUUGAGUAGGGGAUACCAGCUUCACGUACUCUCGUUCACCGUUCACUCGAUUCUCGUCGCAACCGCCGAUGAAUUCAACAUUGGAGACCUGGAUCAAGACCUUGGCAGCCUCGGGGACAUCAUCAUGGAUGACAUUUUUGGCACGAUUGGCCAGCAGAAAGAUGCCGAAGAAUACGUCAGUAAGAUGAAGGAGGUGAAGAGCAGCAAGAGUUACGACUCCGCCGAACUGUUAGCCAAGAAUGCUAGCAUCCGACAUCUCUAUAACCUUAUUCGUCCAGUGCAGGUUCUCUUACAGGAAAAGCUUACGGCUAGCCUAGUGGGCAAGAUAGAUGAAUUGCUAAGGCGUAUCGCGGUAGGAUUAUUGCGAAAUCCCGGCGCAGAAAGCCGUGAUUUCUUGAUGUUCUGCUACGAAGUCGUGAGAGAAUCGUAUAAAACCCCCGAGCCGGUUGUAUUGGACAAAAACGAAUGGAAAACACAAAGUCGCUUUCUCAUCCAGGUUGCUUCCAUCCGAAAGAAGAGUGGCAGAAGUACCACAUCGUACUUGUACAAACUGGCUCGCUUUAGCUUGGACUCUCUUCGCUCAGUGCUCAACAAAUAUAGCUCCCUAUUAACUGCGGACAAUGUUGCUGGCUUUGUCCCCAUUAUUGGCGACGCCAUCGUCCAAGGGUAUGAAGAAGUUAAACUAUCAGCUAUCAGGCUCUUAUCCACCAUUAUCAAGCUUCCUCUUCCUGAGCUUGACAAGAACGCCGACGUUUAUAUCGUCGAAUGCAUCAAGCUGAUGAAAGAAUCAGCAAGCUCAAAUACUGACGCAUCACAGGCGGCCUUGAAGCUCAUAUCCACCGUGCUCCGCGAACGAAAACGCACUAACAUCAAGGAUUCCUAUCUUGCGUAUCUCCUCCAACGUGUAUCUGCAGACAUCGACGAGCCUGAUCGCCAGGGGAUUGUGUUCAAUUUCAUUCGAGCCGUCAUGGCACGUAAGUUUAUGGUCCCAGAAAUUUACGAGGUUGUUGAUAAAGUCGCUGCUAUGAUGGUGACAAACCACACACGAAAUGCUCGGGAUCUCGCAAGGGGUACAUAUGUGCAUUUCUUGAUUGAAUACCCUCAAGCCAAGAGCAGAUGGACUAAGCAACUAGCCUAUCUUGUUAAGAAUUUGGAUUAUGCCCAUAGAGAAGGUAGAGAAUCAGUGAUGGAAGCGAUCCAUCUACUCUUGUCGAAAACAAACGGAGACUUGGCCCAGGAAAUGAUUGAUAACUUCUUCAUUCCGUUGGUAAUGGUUAUGUCCAACGAUGAGGCACCUAGCUGCCGGGAGAUGGCAGGUUCGCUUUUAGGCAACAUCUUUACCCGCGCUGACGCUGCGCAUCUAAAGACCAUACUCACGCCACUUGAGUCGUGGCUCGAACAAUCCGAGAACCUCGCUCUUACGACUACAGGGCUGCAAGCGAUUAGGAUAUUCUUUGAGUCUGAUGCACAAGUUAAGGAUCGUUAUGUCGGAUUCGUUACUGACCUAUUGCCGGGUAUCAUGGAGCUUUCUUUGAGUAAUCGAGAAGCCAACGAGUGGGAGGUUCUAUAUUAUUCUCUUCAACUCUUCGUGAGACUAUCCAAGUUAUUCCCAGGCGCCACGUUAACUCCGUCCUGCACCAGCAUUUGGGCAAAGGUCCUCCAAAGUCUAUGCUAUCCGCAAGCUUGGAUACGGUCGUGUGCUGCAAAUCUAGUUGGUAUCUGGUUAGCUGAUGUAGCCAGGACAAAUGCGGCUGCAGGGUAUGCGUCCAUCCCCUUAGUUGGAUCGUCAGGCCUAUUGCUAGAUGACAAGUUGAUGCUUCAAAUUACCCGCUCAAGCAUGUUCUGUCUCAAGACGCCUAACCUAUCCGAAGAUCUUGCAACACAAACUGUUCGAAACGUGAUAUUCCUUGGACGCUGCUUCGGCAAGAGUAACCUCGACCUCUUAAAACGGAUACCCUCAAAGAUGAUACCAGAUGAAGAUGAAAGUGACGAAGAGGACGAGGAAGGCAGUGAAUCCAAAACCGCCGGUGAGACGAAGACCGCCGUUCAAUAUAUCUUUGAACAAGGGGCUCGGAUCCUCCGAAAAGAAGUCAUCACUACGCGAGCAGAAUCACUCAAUGCCAAGGUAGCCUGCAUGAAAAUGAUUGCCGCGCUGUGCAGCCACCUCGACGUCUCGAAGAUAACACCAUACUUGCAAACUAUUCUCCUGCCCCUUUUGCAUUUGACUGACCCAUCAAUCCCUGCGCCCCGAUCAUCGGAUGAAGUCUUCCAGACGACAUACAAGUCAUUAGUGACGAGCAGUCAGGAGAUACUAGAUCUGCUUCAGAAGAAGCUUGGAACCACGGAGUUUGUAGCGCAAAUGAGCCAGGCUCGUGACCGGGUGAAGGAGAGAAGAGAAGGGCGAAGGGUCAAAAGAAGGAUCGAGGCGGUCACAGCCCCUGAAAGGUUUGGCCGUGAUAAGAAGCGCAAACAUGACCGCAAGAGGGUGAAGAGAAAAGAGAGAGGCCUGGAAAAUAGGGAUCGACGACACGAAUACUAA